AUGGAGAAACAGGAACGAGACUCAAACAUUUCUAAGCCUCGCAAACCGCGAGUCAAAAACGGAGUUAAACUCGCGACUAUACCGCAACCUUCGCUUUUACGCAAUAAAACUUUUUCUGGGUUACCAAGUAGGCCUCGCGUAGCUCGAAUUAAUACAUCAAGUUUAUCUGAUAAAGAGAAGGCUAGGUCUGACGAUGGUUUUUUCUCUGAUUCUGAUAAAGAUAGUAAUCAGAGUAAUAAAUCUGCUAAUUCGAAUUUAAGUGUACAAAGCAGUAUGAGCUUUCUUAAUAAAACUCCUUCAAUAAUGUCGGAUGCUAUAAUACGUGUGCGUCCAAAAUCUUCUAUUGGGACUUUAUCAGAAAAAUCUCAAUUUGAUCUUAAUGUUGCCGCCAAUC